AUGUUUUGGAGAGCUUCGUAUUACGAACCACUUAAUAAGCUGAGGAAACAAAAGAAUGUUGACGAUAAUUGGUUCAAUGUGAUGGUGUCGGUUUUCUGUGGCGAAUUGCAGUGCAUGCUAGCUGAAAGUCCUCGACACGCCGCUAUGUACAACCUAUACCUGGGAGAUCUGCAUAGUACCUAA